AUGUCAAUCAGAGUUGUUUUUAAUAAUAACUCUAUAAAGUUGAUUAACAGAGUUUUUAGAUUCUUCUCAGCAAUGCCAUUUGAAUUACCAUCUCUACCAUACGACAAGAAGGCUUUAGAACCAGUCGUAUCAUCUGAAACUUUGGAUUACCAUCAUGGAAAGCAUCAUGCAGGAUAUGUAACAAAAUUGAAUUCAUUGAUAAAAUCUACAGAGUUUGAAAAUGAAAACGAUUUAAUGAAAGUUAUUAUGAAAAGUUCCGGUCCAAUAUACAACAAUGCAUCUCAAGUUUGGAAUCACACAUUUUACUGGAACUGUUUAAGGUCUCCUUCUGAUACUAAUACUCCAACUCCAAAGGUUGCAAAGCUGAUUGAUGAAUCCUUUGGGAGUUUUGAAUCUUUUAAGGAAUCUUUUGCUGCAAAUGCCACCGGUCACUUUGGUUCUGGUUGGAUUUGGGUAGUAAUUGAUCCAAGUAAUCAUAAAAAACUAAAGAUUGUCCAAACUCAUGACGGAGACAAUCCUGAAAAGCUUGGACAUGGGAAACCAGUUCUAACCUGUGAUGUAUGGGAACAUGCUUAUUACAUAGACUACAGAAAUAACAGAGCCUCAUAUGUUGACAAAUUCUUCAGUAUUAUCAACUGGGAUUUUGUUGAAUCAAAUUUAAGUUAA